ACCGUUGAGCUGCCAAAGCAACUCGUGAUCUCGUGAAUAUCGCGGGGAACGUGGGUGUUAAAUGAUCGGAACGGAUUUGUGAUCAAUCUUUUGUGUGUGCCUCCCAUUGUGGAUGCAAAGAGUGUUGAUGGGAAGUCAUUUGUGAGCGAGAGAGAGCUUUUGGGGGAAGAGAAUUGAGACGCAGAUUCGCUGCCCCCAUGUUUGCCAUCCAUGGAAUUUUUUAACGCUUUUCAGUCGUCAAAGCAUUUUCCGCGAAUUCGCACGUGUGCGCGUCUACCUUGGGUAUAUAGCCAUCGCCCAGAAGCCCAUACACUUGAGAUCAUCGGCUAAAAAAGCAAUUUGACCAUCUUUUUUUUCCGAGAAAGCCCCAUCCAAAAUUUGCUUUUCGUAAGAGCUUUCACCGUGACCCCGUGAAGGAGAGUUCACACGGCUACAGCAGGAAAAUUCCUAAUCUCUCAAAGCAUUAAAUCGAGCUAAAUUAAUGGGGGCUGCAAUUAAACCCUAAUGAGAGACUUCAAUGGAAUGUUUUGGGGUGUGUGAAAAAAAGUGCGUUCCAGUGCGGUGUGUGUUGGGAAAGAAGUGAUUUUUAUGAGUGUAUUAAUAGCAAAUAUACACUCUUCGCGUCAAGGUGAUAAGCUACUUGUGUUUCCAAUAGAGUAACAUAUAAGUAGUAUCUAUUUUUUCAUAUUUAUUUACUCUUUUUUUUUCACCAAACCCACUGAUACAUACACUUUUGUCAAAGAGAUAACGCGCAAAGUGAAGAAGCUCGGGCAGUUCCUUUCGUCACUCCAGCACAAAAUGAACAAUAUUUCAGUUUAUGGCGAACCGUGAUUGACUUUUGUGGUUGUGUCGGGUAUUUGCGGACCCAUUUGCACGUUGGGUAUCCCGCGCGGAGGAUUUAUCAGUGCGAAGGGUUCCCUUUCUUCAUACAUUAAAUUGAAGAAAAAAAAACAUUUAUAUAUAAUUCUCAAUCAUCAAUUAUUCCUCUGGAAGUGCGUGAUGUCGGUGUGUGUGACGUCGUCGGCAAAUGGGGGCACUAUGGCGUUGCCUCAUUUGCCGUUGGUGCCAACAAUGAUGGGACAAACACACCUGCCCAUGGCUCCAACUAAUCUAGGCCCUACAACACUUGUGGAUCAACAGACAGGCCUCUCGGCAUCGGAUCAUCCCAAUCCUGACAUGCUGCUGGCUCUCAUAGCUCGCAAUAAGGCGCUCGAAGCCACAAUUCCAAAGUGCGGAGGUUGCCAAGAGUUAAUCCUAGACAGAUUCAUCCUUAAGGUGUCAGACAGGACGUGGCACGCCAAGUGCCUCCAGUGUAGUGAGUGCCAUGCGCAGCUGAAUGAGAGAUGCUUCGCAAAAAAUGGGCAACUCUUCUGCAAAGAUGACUUUUUCAAACGCUACGGCACAAAGUGCUCAUCCUGUGAUCUCGGCAUUCCGCCCACGCAGGUCGUCCGGCGGGUCCAUUCAAAUGUGUACCACAUGCAGUGCUUCGCGUGCGUGAUUUGCGCCCGUCAACUCAACACCGGCGAUGAGUUCUACCUCAUGGAGGAUCGUAAGUUACUCUGUAAGCCCGACUAUGAGGCUGCCAAGACCAAAGGUGUGUACAUCGAUGGAUCCCUCGAUGGGGAUCAACCCAAUAAGAGACCACGCACCACCAUUACGGCAAAACAACUUGAAACCCUCAAGAGCGCCUACAAUAAUAGUCCUAAACCAGCUCGGCAUGUCCGGGAACAGCUAUCACAAGACACUGGGCUGGAUAUGAGGGUGGUGCAGGUGUGGUUUCAGAAUAGGAGAGCAAAGGAAAAACGUCUGAAGAAAGAUGCAGGAAGAACGAGAUGGAGUCAGUACUUUAGAUCAAUAAAAGGAGGAGGAUCACCGAGGCAUGACAAACUUUUGGACAAAGAUGAGCUCAAAGUUGAUCUGGACAGUUUUAGUCAUCACGAUUUGAGCAACGACAGCUACAGUACAGUCAAUAUGGGGCUAGAGGAUGGAGCUUCACCGCAUAGCGGUCGAGGCUCCUACGUCCAUGGAAGUGGAAGUCCUCCGCCCUACCUUUCAAGUCACUCACCUCCGCCCAUGGGACCAGGACACGCCUAUGCACCUUAUUCUGACAAUAUCGUCUACACGCCACUCGGUCAGCCUGUUGGUGGAAUGAUGCACAAUUCGCACCACGGAUUGCAGGGUAGUGCUGUAUCUGACCUCAGCAAUGACUCUAGUCCAGCUCAUGCAUACCCCGACUUCCCACCAAGCCCAGACUCCUGGCUAGGCGACUCCACCACCAGCAAUGCUCCGGCCAUCAAUAGCUCAUCACACUACUGAUAUUCAAGGCACAGCGUCCGCAGCAUCCUUUUCGCGGAGAAAUGAUGUUGGAAUACGUAACAAGACCACCAAAUUCGGUGGCAAAACCGCUGGCGGUUACCCUACAUUCCCUGGCGCAUUCAGUCUACCCAUCCUUGUCGACACAAGGAUCGCUGAGGCUGAGCUAACAAAACAUCAGGAGGAAGCAUAAACACCGUCAAGCAUAAAUUUUUGAGGCUACAUUUGAGAAAUUGGCCAAGAAAAAAAAACAUGAAGGAUCCACCUGUGAAAAGGAUCAAGGCAUCGAAAGGAAGUCCAUUAAAGAAAAAAAUUCAAAUCUUCAACGCAUGGAAGGUUAGCUUCUCACAGAGCAGCAAUCUAAAUGAGAUUUUUCCCAUUGAACAUCCUCUAAAAAAAAAACUUAUAACCAAAUUAACAAAUUUUACCAAAAUAAUUUUAUUAGGAUUCGAAUCUAGUCUUUAAAUUAAGAGAACACAGAAUGUAUAAAAGAAAACUCCAUGAAAAACUGUACAAUAGAAAAUAAAGAGAAUGAAUGAUGUGAGAUAAAACUUAAUUCACGAAUUAAA